GGAGCUAGUAGCGCUCCUCCGGCGGUAUGAGGCGGCGUGGGGCUAGGGACGAUGCUUGGGCCGCGACUAGGAGGCACUCGGGAGGCAGGGAGGGCAUGCGAAGGAGCACAGUUCAGUAGUCGCCAUUGCAAGUCCCCCUGUGCUCUCGUAUUCGCGACACUCGUACGCGUGGAGCCGAUUUUCCGCUAACCUAAACUCCCCGCGAGGGCCCAAAGUGUGCCCCCCCGAUGCAGAGAUAUUGCACGGAGCUCACCGAAAGAUUAUUAAAAUCCCUUGACAAGGAAUACAAUGUCGUUGACAUGGGAGCUGUUGUUGAUGUCAUUACGGCCCUGGAAAAGACGACGAUCACCAAAGAAGUUCUGGAGAUUACAAGGCUUGGUAAAUAUAUUAACGAACUACGAAGGAAGACAAAUAAUGAUGCCCUGGCCAAGCGUGCAAAAGAUUUGGUACGUCGUUGGAGAGAUAUGGUUUUACCAUCAGCUCAUUCAACCCCACAACCGACACCUGCUGAUACAGCACCACCUGCCCUUAAUGGAGCAAAGCCUCAUAGUCCAGCCUUAAGAUGUUUCAAACCACAAAGUCCUGCUGUAAGAUGCUUGAAGCCUCAAAGUCCUCUAUUAAGGGAUGCUACUCCUUUAAGAGUUAUCAGCCCAGCUCUAUCUGUGCAUAGUGACCAUUCACGGUCUCCUAAUGCAGCUUCAAAUAAGCAGUCAAUUACACUUACUAGCAACCACCGGAUAAGUUCGGAUGUACCUCCCACACAUAGCUCUUCGAGUCAGAAUCACUUGAUAGAAGCAGUGCCACGGACCCACAGUUCCAAUAAACGACUUCGAAAAGAUGUUUGUAAGGACCAACAUAAUUACCAGGAACAUGAAUCAGACUCGAUUACAGAAUGUGAGCCAUUCGUUAAAAGACAGCGUUUAAAUGGCGAAAACAUAAGUGGUAAUUUAAAUUCGCAAGUGCCUAGCCCUACAUUGAAAGAACGAAUUUCCCAUCAUUUUGUGGAGUCUUCCACUAAUCCUGAUGAUUCAGGUCCAAAAAAACGUGGUAGGAAAAAAGGCAGUAAGUCUAUAAAGAAGCAACCAUACAUAGAGGACCGUGUUAAAGAAAAACUAGCCAGUAUUUCAAGAAAUCCUAAGUUAAAGACAACACAAGAAUUGCUGGCUGAUUUACAAGCACGUGGCUCAAAUUCUAGCAUUAAUUCAAAUGCUCUACCUAGUCAAAGUGUAGAACCACCAAGUAUGGAAGAUGUUUUGAGGAGUAAUAAUGAACAAGUAUCCAAGUUCCUGCGUUGUACUCCAAACAAUACAUCUCACAAAAGUACAGUUUCUGAAACUUCUUUACAAAAUCGGUUAAAAUCUACAGAAAACUGUUGUGAAAUAUCAUCCAAGUGUCAAGAAACAAGUGCAGUGUACGAAGAAAGUCCAAGUACGCAAAACCAACCACAAUCACAUCAAGAUUUAUCGGUUGAGGAGAUACUGGCAAAGUUACCACCAUUAGAUCCAAGUUCGAUAGACUGGAGUGAUUGUGAAACUGAACCCAAUGAAGAUCAAAAUGGUACAGUGUAUCCACCUCAAGAAGUUACUACAGAGGACCUUGAAAGAUUACAUACGCAGUGCAUAGAAGGUCUCAAUGGGAAUUAUCAACCAAAAUUAUUGUCUCUCACUAGUAACAAUGAAACGUCAGAAAAAGAGGAAGGAGUGUCAGAAUUGAAUGUAAUGAACUGUGAGCAUAGCCAAACUGGUGAAGAAUUUCGAGAAUGGCACCAGAUGCUGGCAAGGCCCAGUUGUGAUGGCCAAAUCCUCCACAUAUUGCCUUAUGUUAUUAUUGAUUAGUAAUUUUAUUAUUCUAUUCUAUUAUUACUCUCUGCAAUUUGUGAGAAGAACCCUGCAAAAAUUAAAUCGAUUGAUUUAUGAUCAAUCUAUUAAAACAAUUUCUAUUGCAAUUUACAAUUGCUGUUUAUUUCUAUUAAUGCUGAUGUUACUGCCAUCCUCAUUAUCAUUAUUACUCCUAUCAUGAUCAAAAUUUUAUCUACCAAUUUCACAGAAAAAUAACUACUGACUAUUGCCCUCGUUAUUGUCAUAAUCAUAUUUAGCAUUUCCAAAUAUUUCACUAUUAUUGUUAUUAACUUCAUUUCAUGAUCGGUAUCAUUAUUGUUGUAAUUAUCACCACUGUUGUCAUUGUCAUUAUCAUUAUCAUUGUCAUCAUCAUUUUGAUUAUUAUUAUUAUUAUUAUUAUUAUUAUUAUUAUUUUAUUAUUAUUAUUAUUAUAUUAUUAAUAUUAUUACUUUUUGUCUUUAUUAUUAUUACCAUUACUAUUACUACUACUACUACUACUACUACUACUACUACUACUACUACUACUACUACUACUACUACUACUACUACUACUACUACUACUACUACUAUUACUACUACUACAACUACCACCACACUACUACUACUACAAUUAUUACUACUAUUACUAUUGUUGUCACUAGCAUUAUCAUUAUAUUAUUGCUACAGUACAGCUACAAAAAGGUCGAUAAAUGAAUAUAAAAUGAGCCACACACAAAACGGGGGCAUUGUCAAAUUGCUGUAAAUGGAAAUAUUUAAUUUCAUGUAUGCUUGUAAAUGUCUUUCGUAAUAUUGCCUUAAUUAACGUGGUAUAAGUUGCUAGGUAUGAAAUACAUAUUAAUUCUAAAGAAUUUUAUUAUUUAUGUUUGAAAUGUGUAAGGGGGGAUUCAGUUUUUCCAGUAGAGAUAAUAAUAAUUCUUAAAAUUUGGAUUUAAGUUUGUGUCAGACAAUACAAAGUUGAUCGCUUUUAUAAAUUAUAAAAAUAAUUUUAUUUCAAUAAUAAACGUGAGGCAUACUAAUUACAUAGUAUACCUUGGCUUAUCUAUAAGAAGAAAUAUUAUUUUGGUAAUUAUAUCCAUAAGAACAGUAUUUUAUGAAUAAUUUCAUUAACGUUUUAAAACAUUACAUUGAAGUAAAGCCAAAACACAUGAGAGUUCAUAAUCAUAAAAGUAAAUAAAAAGAAAUAACAUAAGCUUUACAAUUAUCAAAUGAGAAAUUUCAAAGCUUUGAGUAAUUCGAAUAAACAGAGAAAAAAACGAUAAGAAUACAGUCUCAUCUUAUGUUCUCUUAACUUUGCUAAGGUAUACUGCAAAACAAUAUAAAGUUAUAGCAAGAAAAUAAUUAUAUAGAAUCAAUGGUGCAAAGUAACAAUUGCAAAAAAGCAAAUAAAAUUAAUGUAUUUAAAAUUGAUUUAUCUUAAUUUUACAAAUAAAAGAUGUUUCCGUUAGUAUAGGACAGUUGGAUAUAAUAAGCAAAAUAAUUUUCUUUAUUUUAUACGUGGAAAGGAUAGCCGAGCUGAAUACACUGGGGCCUUAAUUAAAAUUAAAAAAUGAAAAAAUAUUUGUCUAAUAUAGUAUUAUGUUGCACAUACUUAUAGCAAUCAUAUGAAUUGAAGUACUUUGUAAAUUUUUUACUUUGAAAGAGUAUAAGCUAUCAAAAACAAAACAAAAAAAUAUAUAUAUACAGGAUUGUGUAUAAUCAUUGUAAAAUUAAGUUUAUCAGAAAAUUUUGACAUUUUUCUUCUAUUAUAAAUUAUAGGUGCAAUAUAUAAAGAAAUUCCAAUGAAUGGGCACGUUAAUUUUUGGAAAGAUCAUAAAAUCAGGGAAAAUGACAUUUCUGUUUUAAAAUGUAAAUAUUCGUUAUAGUUGUGUAGAUCAGCACCAGAAAUAUAUCAAAAAUGUGUGUAACAUCCAAGUGAGAUCACACUUUCUUGUUAUUUUGAAAGGAAUGAAACUUUACCUAUUAUAUUAUUAUAUUAUGUGUAUUGAAAACCUUUGUCAAACCUUAUAAAUUAGAAAAAAAAUCUCUUGUUUUUAAUAUGUUUAUAAUUUUUAAAAAUCAUACCGACCUUAUUGUGUAUUUCUUUUUAAAGUUUUCAUUCAACGAUUCCUAAGAUAAAAAAUUUCAUUUUUAAUGAAACUAAAGCAAAAAUAAUUUUAAUAUUAUAUUAGUAUUACAAAUGGAAACAUAUUGUAAACCGAUGUCAAAUUUUGGACUGAAUAUUGAUUAAAAUAUCUAUUACUUUUUAUUCAUUAAAUAGAAAAUGAACAUGUCAUACAAGUUGUAGUUUUCUGUAACACUCAAAUGAGAAACAUAAUACAAAUAAUUAUAUUUAAAAAUAUAAAACGAUAUAAUUUGAUUAUAUUCGUUGUUACAUUUAAUUUGAAUAGAUUAUCAUUUCUUAGUAUCGAAUUUUCGUUUGUGAUGUAUAAAAGUUGUUCUGUUCGUAAAAAUAUAUAUUCUUAUAUAAUUUAGACUAUGAUUUUUAAUCUCAAAUUCAUACUGCGAAUAUACUUGUACCAACAAUUUUCUAAUGUUCUAAUGGGGAAGAAAAAAAAAAGAAAAAAAAAAAAAAAAGAAAAAAAAAGGAAAAUGAAAAUUA